AUGGAAGAAAUUCAAAAUGAAGAAGAGGAAGACGAGAAAGCUUUAAAUGUUUUAAAUAAACAAUUAACUAAUUUAAAGAGUGUCAAUUCUCAAUACUUCCAACAAUUUGAAGAAAAUAUUAAAUUAAAAACAGAAUGGCAAAAAUGUUUAAAUUAUGUUAUACUUUUGAAAAUAUUUGUAAAAAAUGAUUUGAAAAUGGAGGAAAUUAAAAAGAUAAUUUCUGAAAAAUUGAAGAAUGAAUGCAAAUUAAAUGUCAAAAAAGAGAACAAGAAAAUUGAGGAAUUAUAUGAAAAAAUUAAAGAAGUAUUAGCUAAAGAUAUAAAUGUUGUAACUGCUAAAGAAUUAAAAAAUUUAGAAAAUAAUUUAAACAAAAUUAUUGGCCAAAUUGAAAAUAAAAAUCAAUUAAAGGAGUAUUUUGAAGAAUUGAAAAGUAUUGAGAAAAAAUCUGAAGAAAAGGGACGUCGAGAUGAAAUUAUUGAAAAAAUGAAUAAUUUAGUGAAUGGAAAAAAUAUUAAUGAAUUUGAUGAACGAUUAAAAAAUAAAUAUGAAUUUUUGUUGAAAAAUUGGAAAAAAUUGUUUAGCUCCACUAAAGUACAAAAUGAGGAAACAGAAAAUAUUUUUUAUAAACAAAUAUUGCCUGAAAGUGAAGAAAUUAAAAAUUAUUUUAAAGAUUCUGGCCCCCUUUUUGUUAAAUAUUGCUUAACUAAAAGAAUUGAAAAUUCAUUCAAUAAAGAUGGAACUGUGAAAUUUUCUGAUUUUUUGAGUAAUGGUGUUGGACAGGAAUAUGGAUGGGAAUUGAAAGAAGUUUUGGGGCAAAGACGUAUUGAUGUUGGAUAUUAUGAGAAUAUACAAAAACAAAUUAAAGAAGAAUUAAAAUAUGUGUGUGAGGAAGAUUUUGAAGUAAAUCUGAAAAAAGCUUGUAAAUUAUUUUUGGAACAUGAAUUACAAUAUUGGCAUUCUUUUUGUUCUAUUGAUACAGAACAUUUACGUUUCGAACGUUUUGAGGAAAUGAAUGUUGUUACUAAUGAUUAUCAACACAAAAAAGAAGAAGAAAAGAAAGCUACUUUUAAGGAAGCAACUUUUGAUAAAUCUGGAGAUGAUAGUAAAUUCGAAGGAGAAAUUGAAGAUGCUAGUAAGAAAACAACUUCUGAUGAAGUCAAAUCAGAUGAUACUAAAUCCGAAGGAGAAAUUCAAGUGUUGUGA